CUUGUUUAUUAAAUAUAUACCAUUUAUUUGAAGCAAAAAAAAACAUGGUUGGUCGUGACGUCUAUAUCUCUGCUGUUAGCCGUACUCCUAUUGGUGGUUUUAAUGGUUCAUUAGCUUCUCUUUCAGCUACUAAGCUUGGUUCUCUUGCUAUUGAAUCUGCUUUGAAGAAAUCUACUGUUCCUGUUGAUGCAGUUGAUGAAGUCGUCUUUGGUUGUGUUUUACCCGCCAAUCUCGGUCAAAACCCUGCUCGUAUUGCUGCUCUCGGUGCUGGUCUUCAUGAGAAGACUAUUGCUACCACUGUUAACAAGGUUUGUGCCUCAGGCAUGAAAGCUGUCAUUAUGGGUACACAAUCCAUCAUGCUUGGUAAUGCCGACAUCAUUGUUGCUGGUGGUAUGGAAUCUAUGACAAAUACACCUUAUUAUCUUCCUAAGCAACGUUUUGGUUCCGUUUAUGGCAAUACUGAAGUAGUUGAUGGUGUUGUUAAGGAUGGUUUGUAUGAUGUCUAUAACGAUUAUUUGAUGGGUGUUGCUGCUGAAGAAUGUGCUACUGAAUAUGGUAUUACCCGUGAACAACAAGAUGAUUACGCAAUUGAAUCUUACAAACGUGCCCAAGCUGCUCAUGCUGCUGGUUACUACAAGGAUGAAAUUGUCCCUGUUGUUGUAUCGGGUGGUCGCGGUAAGCCUGAUCGUGUUAUUGAACAAGAUGAUGAAAUUGUAAAAUUGAAUGAAGAAAAGUUACGUGCUGUUCGUCCUGCCUUUGCUGGUAAAGAAGGUACUGUAACUGCUCCUAAUUCUUCUCCCUUGAGUGAUGGUGCAACUGCUAUUGUUCUUUGCUCCAAGGAAGCUGCUGAAAGAUACAACUUGCCUCUUUUGGCAAAGGUUAAGGGUUGGGGUGAUGCUGCUCAAGCUCCUAAUCGCUUCACAACCUCUCCUGCUCUUGCUUUGCCUAAAGCUAUCAUGCAUGCUGGAUUGACACCUGAAGAUAUUGAAUAUUAUGAAAUUAAUGAAGCAUUCUCUGUUGUCGCUUGUGCUAACUCUAAGCUCUUAAAUUUGAAGAAGGAUCAAGUUAAUAUCUGGGGUGGUGCUGUCGCUAUGGGUCAUCCUUUGGGUUGUUCAGGUGCUCGAAUCAUUGCUACCUUGACUUCUGUUUUGAAGCAUAAGGAAGCUAAAUAUGGUGCUGCUGCUAUCUGUAACGGUGGUGGUGGUGCUUCUGCUGUUGUUAUCGAGCGUGUAUAAAAAAAAAAAAAAAUAAAAAUAAAAAAAAAAAAAA